AUGACGAAACGAGUCGCUAUUAUAGGCGCCGGUCCAAGCGGACUGCCCAGUAUACGGUAAGGUUAUAUUAUUGAUCAACAAAGCAUUCACGCGCUUUCAAAAUUAUAUUACUUCAGCCAUGCUCUCUUAUACGGACUCGAACCUGUUUGUUUUGAAGCCUCAGAUGAAGUGGGUGGCCUCUGGAGAUAUAAACCACACCAAACUGAAGGUAAUCCAAGUAAUUUUUAACUAACAAAAUAAUAUUUUAGAGGGGUCAGUCAUGAAAACUACAGUAAUCAACACUUCCAAGGAGAUGACCGCCUAUAGCGACUUCCCUCCUCCAGCUGAAUAUGCAAAUUUUAUGCAUAAUACUCAGUUACUAAACUACUUUAAAUUGUACACAGAUCAUUUUGGACUGAGAGACUACAUCAGAUUCCACCACAGAGUUUCGAAUGUGGAGAGAACAGCAGAUUACGAGAAAACUGGCAAGUGGAAGGUCGAGUAUUUUGAUCUGUAAGUUCAUUUUUAAUAGUAUUAAUGUAUGUUUCGUAAUAAAACAAGGUGAUUUAGGAAUAAUCAGCAUCACGAAGAGUUGUUUGACGCCGUUCUUCUCUGCACUGGGCAUCACACCGAGCCUUAUUGGCCCAAUAAAUGGCCUGGACAAGAGAAAUUCAAAGGAAAUGUGAUGCAUGCUCAUGAUUACAAGGACUAUAAAGGCCAUGAGGAUAAGAUUGUUACAGUAGUUGGAGUGGGAAACUCGGGAUUUGAUAUUGCUGUAGAGCUGAGUAGAAUCGCCAAACAAGUUUACGUAUCUACAAGAAGAGGGACAUGGAUUUACAACAGAAUCAUCGACUAUGGAGAGCCUUACGAUCUGGUUGUCUUCACAAGAUUUGUCGCACUUUUGAGGAGAACACUGCCUUUGGAGUUAAUCAAUUCUUUUUUGGAAUUCAAAUUGAAUUCCAGAUUUGAUCAUGGGAAAUACGGACUGAAGCCGGCUCACCGGCCAAUGAGGUAAAGACUUAGAUGACAUGAACAUUAAUGUUGAAAAUAAUUUUUAGCGCCCACCCAACAGUAAAUGACGAAUUGCCAAAUCGACUUGUUUGUGGAACAGUAAUUGUGAAAAGUAAUAUCAAAGAAUUCACUGAGAAUGGGCUUAUCUUUGAUGACAACACCAAAGUUGAGCCUGUAGAUGAAGUAGGUCGUUCAAAAUGACAAUUACUUUUGUUCCCUAGUCAACUGAUAAUCAUUGUUUAGGUGAUUCUCUCCACGGGAUACUCUUUUGGAUUUCCCUUGGCCGAAAAAGGAAAGUUAAUCCCAGUAAAUGAAAACCGGGUGGAACUCUACAAAUUGAUGUAUCCACUGGAAACUUCCAAGUGGAAUAACAUCGCUGUGAUUGGCUUGAUUCAACCAAUUGGAUCGAUUAUGCCAAUCUCAGAACAGCAAUGCAGAUUAUUCUUCCAUUCUUUGACUGGACAGACAAAACUGCCUGAUUUGGAAGGAAUGAGGGAAGACAUUGAACGGAGGAAGAAAAUUAUGGAACAAAGAUAUGUCAACAGCAGACGACACACUAUCCAGGCAAGAGAAUUAGGUUUAAAAAGACUCAAGAAGUCUUGCUUUCAUUAUGGUAGUCAAAAUAUACUUUUAGGUGGACUAUGAAGCCUAUAUGGAUGAAUUGGCCGAUCUGAUGGACUGCAAGCCCAACUUCCUCAAGUUGUCCUUCAUUGAUCCCAGAUUGGCUUUGAAAAUCUUCUUUGGUCCCAAUCUCCCUUAUGUUUAUCGUCUGAAUGGAAUCCAUAAAUGGUCUGGAGCUCGUCAAGCGAUCUUUGAAUGUGAUGAGAGAGUGCUGAAGGGUCUAAGACAUCGGAUUGUCCCCCUCUCUUCCAAUAUGUUCGGACUGUAUGCUUUGGCCACAAGUCUGAUUGUGUUCGCUCUCAUCAUCAAAUUUGUCUUUUAG